AAAAAGAAAUUUCUAAACCCUAACUCCCGUGUCUUCAUCUCAUUUUUUUUCCCACUUUUCCCUUUUUCUUUUCCUUUCACUGCAUUUCCAUCUCCCUAACGCUCCACAGUAGCUAGCGACCGCUACAACCACCACAACUUCUGCUGCACACGCAAUCAGACAACAGCUCCCCUUCGUCAUGCCCAGCUUUCACCUGCACUAACUUAUUUCCUCCCUCUUCUUACCCAUUGUGAGCAAUGUGCCCAAUUCAUAAAAGGAAGGUAGAACUUUAGUUGGGUGAUUAUUUUGACUUUUUUUCGUGCAGUUACAGAACGUUACUAAUCCAAAAGUCAUGGUUUCAAAGAAAAAAGUUGCAGUCAAGAAGUCACAAAAUGUUGUAUCAGAUGAAAAUGGAAAUGACAUUUCUGGUGGAAAAGUCUCUAAAAAGGAAGCCAAAGAACAUAAGCAGCAGUUGGAAACUCUUAUGCAAACGCAACCCGAGUUUUACGAGUACCUGAAAGAGGUGGACAAGGAGCUCUUAGAGUUUGAUGAUGAGGGAAUUGAUGAUGAUGCUGAAGCUGAACUUGCUGAGCCGGAGAUUGAAGAAGAGGAGGAUCUUGAUGAUAGUGACUUUGAGAAGCCAGAUGUUGUGUCGAAAGAGAAAAAAGAACAAGUUAGAGUUACUAUCACUAUGGAGAUGGUUGAAUCAUGGUGUAAGGAGAUUCUGGAGAAUGAGAAAGUUGCUCCUGUACGUUCUCUAUUGAAAGCCUACAGGGUAGCUUGUCAUCUUGCAGAAGAAAAUGAUGAAAAUUCCACUUUUAAGUUAACCACCAUGUCUAAGCCUGUUAUGAACAAAGUUAUGGUUGAAACUUUGAGUAAUAUUGAUGGGAUUCUCCGUAACUUGAUGAAACUUCCAUCUUAUGGUGGAAAGAAAGAGACUUUGAUUGAAGUUAAGACCACCAAACUUUGGAAGAAGUAUGAGCAUUUGGUUAAGUCAUAUCUUGGAAAUUCGCUACACGCAUUGAAUCAAAUGACGGAUGCUAAGGCUAUCUCAUUUACUUUGAAGAACUUAACGAAGUCAUCACUGUUCUUGGCUGCUUUCCCCACCUUUCUUAGGAAAUAUAUUAAGGCUGUUCUGCACUUUUGGGGUACAGGAAGUCGGGAGCUUUCAUUUGCAGCGUUUUGGUUCUUAAGAACUCUCUCUGUGCAACUUGGAUCAGAUUGUUUGGAUGAUUGCUUUAAAGGGUUAUACAAAGCUUAUGUCAUGAACUGUCAGUUUAUGAAUGCGACAAAAUUGCAGCACAUCCAAGUUCUUAGGUACAUGUUUGUUGAAUUUAUGUCAGUGGACCUUCCAACAGCAUAUCAGCAUGGCUUUGUAUUCAUUCGGCAAUUAGCAAUGAUUUUGCGUGAGGCAUUAAACAUGAAAACAAAGGAAGCUUUCAGGAAGGUCUAUGAAUGGAAAUAUAUCAAUUGUCUUGAGCUUUGGACUGUAGCAAUACUUAAAUAUGGUCAGGAACCAGACUUUAGACCCCUUGCUUAUCCAUUGACACAAAUUAUUUCCGGAGUGGCUCGUUUAGUUCCAACUGCUCGGUACUUUCCCCUUCGAAUGCGUUGUAUUAGAAUGCUCAAUUGUAUCGCUGCUGCAACCAAUACUUUCAUACCAGUUUCCAUGCCACUUUUGGAUAUGAUAGAGAUGAAAGAACUGCACAGUCCACCUACUGGAGGUGUUGGCAAAGCAGUUGACUUUCGGACAAUACUCAAGGUCAGUAAACAAGUACUCAAGACUCGGUCAUUUCAAGAGGCAUGUGUUGCUUCUGUAACUGAAGAGCUGUGUGAACAUUUGGCGCAGUGGAGCUACUCUGUUGCUUUCUUUGAAUUAUCUUUUACACCAGCUGUUAGAUUGCGUGCUUUCUGUAAAUCCACGAAGAUUGAGAGAUUCCGUAAAGAUGUGAAAGAACUUAUUCGACAGAUUGACGCCAACUCAGAAUUUAUCAACAAAAAGCGCGCAACAAUCUCUUUCUUGCCAAGUGAUCCUGCUGCGUCUUCUUUUCAUGAGGAGGAGAAGAAGUCUGGUGCUAGUCCCUUGUCAAAAUAUGUUGCCACAGUACGCCAAAAGUCGCAACAGAAAAAUAAUUUUUUGGCUGAAUCCAGUGUGCUUUAUGGUGCGGAGCCGUCAAUUUCGGAUGAGAUGCCAGCAACAAGCGAUGAAGAAAAUGAUGGAGAUAAAGGUGAAGGAGUCUUUACGAACUUCUUGUCACAACAGAAAGAAUUAAGGGAUAAGCCUCCUGAAGUGGAAAAUUCGAAAAACAAGAAGAAAACAAACAGGAGACAGGAAGCAACGGAGGAAGACAUUGUGGAGGACUUGGUGUUAAGUUCAGAUGAAGAUGAUGAACCCUUGGAUGAUUUACCCCUGCCUAAAAAAUCUUUUAAGGCCGAAAAGGCGACUCCAAAAAGACGGAACAAGCCAAAAUCUGUUAAUGAUGAUUCUGUGAAAAAGCAACGAGUAAGCAAAGCGGGAAAGAAGAGAAAGCGAGGUCACUAGUUCACUAAUUGGGUUUCGUGCUGCAUCUCUUGUGUUCUCGUUUCUACAUAACAGUUUAUGAUCCUCGUAGUAUUUUUUGUGGUUUUCUUUUUGGGCUUUUUUGGAACUUGUAAACAGCAGGGGUAAGGCUGUGUUUGAUCACAUGUAUUGUUCGACCAUAAUUUACCAUAUUUUUUCUGAAAAUAGACUACAUGUAAUUGUCUUAUGAUCUGUUUUUGAAAAAUCAUUGCCAACAAAGUAUUACUAUC